AUGUUACUGCCCAACAUUAUAAUCGCAGCGUGUUGCCUGUCAGCCUCAACACUAGCCUCUACAUGGCCAUCAUCUAUCGCAGGGUACUCGCUGCCAGACAAUCUCGCCGAGACUCCAAGUGCGGUCACAGACUAUAUAACCCAAUGGACGAAAUCGCUGACAAGCACCAUCAAAACGCUUUAUAACCCAGAAACCUGCAAUUCGAUGAGCGGGACCUACGAGGAUGUGAAAUGGUACUGGCGGUCUGCUGACCCAGAAUGCGACAUCAAAGCACAGCGCGACGCGAUUUCCCGCGCCGUCAAGCACUACAUGGCCAGCAAAGACAACGGGGAGCAAUGCCAAGACUGCAAUACCAAGUGUCUACGCAUGGACGCUGGUAGUCUUGGGGAUGGAUGGUUGAAGCUGGGCGCAGUCGGUGGAUUUGAUGAGGAGGCAUACUGUGGCCCGACAUUGACCUUCAAUUCGUAUCUUGAUGAUGACAAUGGUCGCUGUGAACAGUAUGUUCUCUGA